AUGGAGGAGUUUGAAAAGGCGCAUGAGGACACGAACGCGCGGAAAGCCUAUGCUUUAUUGAAGAAGUAUAGCGGCAAGAUGAAAAGAUGUUCUCCAGUCCUCAACACUCCCAGUGGGGUGGCUGUCGGUGAAGCAACCCUUCCAAUCAAUCCAUCAACCAAGUCGGAGGUUGUGGCCCGUAUCCAAAAGAAUCGAGAAUCUGGUGGAGGCGACGAAAUCAGCAACUGCUAA